GUGCCUGUCAUGGCCGCCUCCGUGGCCCGGGGCGGCGUGAACGCUAGGGGCCUGCUGCGGGCGGCGAGGACCUCCUGGCGGAGCAGACCCGGGAGCUGUUCAGGGUCCGGCGAGGCGCCGGCGGCGAUCAGGAAGUUCUGGGCGACAGGCGCGCGGCCGGCGGGAGAGGAGGAGAACGGCGGCCCCGAGCGGCCCGGGGACGUAGUCAACGUGGUGUUCGUAGACCGGUCCGGCCAGCGGAUCCCAGUGAGCGGCAGAGUCGGGGACAAUGUGCUGCACCUGGCCCAGCGCCAUGGGUUGGACCUGGAAGGGGCCUGCGAAGCCUCGCUGGCCUGCUCCACCUGCCACGUGUACGUGAGUGAGGCCCACCUGGAUCUGCUGCCUGCCCCGGAGGAGAGGGAGGACGACCUGCUGGACAUGGCGCCGCUGCUGCAGGAGAACUCGCGGCUGGGCUGCCAGCUCGUGCUCACCCCGGAGCUGGAGGGCGCCGAGUUCACGCUGCCCAGGGUCACCAGGAACUUCUACGUGGACGGCCACGUGCCCAAGCCGCACUGACGCGCGCGGCCGCACCGCGCAGGACCGCGCCGGGGCCGCCAUGGCCGCGGGGCCGGCCCUGAGGCCCAGCCCCGAGCACGGACAGGCCCGAGAGAGGGGGAGAGCGAGCGAGGGAGCGAGAGGAGGCGCUCCUGGGCCAGCCCGGGCGCAGGCCGCCGAGGGAACCGCGCCCUUCCCGGCGCGAUCGCCCCAGAACCCCUGAGAACUGGAGCUGUAAUAAAAUGUCAAC